GUGGAAGCCCUUAAUAAAAUGAAGACUUUAAAUAAUCUAAUUAAGCUGAACCCCAUGAAGCAAAGCAAAGCGAAAGGAAAAGAUGCAAUGCAUACUUGUUUGAAACAAAAUUCUUACAGAGAAGCGCUUUCUGACCUCCAGUCUCCUCUGAAUCCUUCUGUUAUUCUUUCAGAACUGCAUGUUGAGAAGUGUAGAUAUAUGGAUUCUAAAAUGAAGCCUCUGUGGAUAGUAUACAACAACAAAAUGUUUGGAGGAGAUCUUGUAGGGAUCAUCUUCAAAAACGGUGAUGAUCUCCGACAGGACAUGUUGACACUCCAGAUUUUGCGUUUGAUGGACAUACUUUGGAAAGAAGCUGGUCUGGAUCUCCG